UGUGUGUAUAUCUUCCCUGUAAAUGCAUUGAUUGUGUUGUGAAUUUGUUGUGCUGAAGUUGUGUGUUUACUUUUUCGUAAACUUGUAUUUCUGUUGUGGUUUCACAUUCGUCGCUUUCCGUUGAAGUACAAUGAGUGGUAAAGCAGCAUAUAGCUCACCGUUAGGACCUAGGGAAUCAAUAAGUUCUACUGGUUUAAAUUUCAACAGCUUUGCAAAGCCAUUAGGGCAGUUUUCACCCCGUCAAUUUAGUUCUCCAUCUAGUAGCUCGCCAAGUUCGGCACAAGAAGGAGAUUUUAUACCGCUUGGUUAUAGUAGUCCUAUAAAGCACCCUAGUCAAAGAGGAAGGGGGAACUGGAAGGGGUCCCGUCGCAGUAGUAGUAGCCCUGCUAAUUCGGGUUUCAAUUCUAGUUGCAGCCCGUACACUGUAAAUAGGCCGCAGAAGUUCUCUUUUAAUAGGCGUAGUAGAGGAGGUCAUGGAAAUUCUAGCAGUACGAGUUACUCAGAUGAUAUAUCCCUAUACGUCAACCAUUCUAUGGUUGAAGACCCUUGGUCAAACCUUGAGAAAAAGUUAAAGAACAGUAGAAAUUCAGGUGCUAGCACCGUACUUACCAUGAGUGAUUCAGAUUACAUGGGCGACUCCCAGGGAAACCAAAGCAGCACGUCAUCCGACGAUGCAUCAUCAUGAAAACAAGCAAGAUUCGGUCAGAAAGUGUUUUGUGAGAGUUGACGCCGUUGUCAGCUAUUGUUUCGCUGUUAAUCUUCAUUGUGCGUCAAUUUGUUUUCCAUCGUUGUGCAAAAGUGCACAGUUGAUUUAUUGUUUCAACAGUUGUGUGUGUGUGUGUGUGUGUGUGUGUGUGUGUGUGUGUGUGUGAGAGAGAGAGAGAGAGAGGGGGGGGGGCGAGUACUAGAAAAAUUGAAUUCUGAACUCUAGCGUUAAGUGAUGAGGUAUUAGAUCAAUUUGCCCUCAUCAAUGUCACAACAUGUACAAAUUACAUUGCAAUAAGAAGCUGGCAGUUCAAAAGUAUUUUUAAAUUCAUGAAAAGAAUAUUUUAAAACUUAUUGAGUGAAAAUAGCUGUAUAUUGAAUGAUGAGAGAGAGCUCAAGAACAGUACAAAUAAGAUAUUGACAAUUGUGAAAAUACAACGUUAUAGUGAGUUUUAGACAGUGCCUUACUUUCAUCUCUGUGGUAGAUGUGGAUAAGCUAAUUCAUUUCAAACCAGGGAGGUAUUAUUCACUGGUAUUAAAAAUCUUCGACACAGCUAGUUCAUCUACGGAAACAUGAAUCUUAAGCAGUGUCUCCAGAAACUUAGUCAUCAUUAUCCUUGUCCCAAAUUUAGUCUGUGGUUACAUAGCAUCAUUUGGUAUUGGCAGAGACAUAGUUUAUUUCCAUACUGAGAAAAAUGGAACAGUCUUGAAAGUGCUAGUGAGUGUAUCUUAGCUGUCAAGAGAAGGAAACUAGUAUGAGAUGUGAUCACAACUGUUGUUUAUGCUGAAAAAAAAAGAA